AUGCGUGUCACCUUCAUCAUUCUACGCGUGGACGUUAGACCCACCAAAGAUGACGGAAUCAAAAAUCAUACAUCAACGAUGACACAAGAAAGAAAGCAUAUACACUCGAACGAAUAUAAUCAAAGCUCUUACCCAAAGCUUUCUUUCAGUCGACAACUUCAAUCGUCGACAAAACCCUUCAUCUUUGACCUCGUAAAGUCGUUCAAAACGGCGUCCGAAGCUAUCCAACUCGGCCUAGUAGGCCUUCUCACACGGCCAGUGAUCAAAGCUGUCUUCCCCUCUGAAAAGAAUAUAACCACAUCUGAUCAAUCAGGAUCAAACUCCAACUUGGCAGUAGAACAAGAAGAAGAUAACACUCCUUCUCCAGCUUCAACUGAACUAGUAUCACCUCAAUCGACCGAACCUUCUUCACCUGUAGUAUCAAGUUUACCACCUGCUCAUACGAGUGUACCUCCUCUAGGUGGAUCGGUAGCCAAGCAGUUACUUAAGCAAGCACAACAGCAUCAACAAGAACAAGAACAGCAACAGGAGAAACUUCUUAACCCUCCCCCUGUUUACUAUAUUGGUCAACCCAUCUCUCAACCAAUCGAACAAGAACCCACAGAAUCUAGGUCAGUCGAACAACAACCAACUGAGCCCCUGAAACCGAUCACAACUGAACACGCUUAUUUACCUCAACUUUAUACCCAACAAGGUACACAUCCAAUCAACAUGGCCGUCGUCGCUCAUCCAUAUCAAGAAUACAACGAUCUUGGCACAGCCGGUAACGAUUCGGUUCAAGAUCACGACUAUGGCUUAUCUGAAAAAGCUCGAAACCUCGACUUGAACGAUCGACCUUCUAGCCGAGCUACUCACCGGACCAACCGAACCACCCAGACUCAAGGUCAAGGUCAAGGUCAAGCUACCAAUGAACCCGAAGAGGAGAUGUACGAUCGUCCUUCCAGCCGAGCAACUCAUCGAACCAACCGUACCGCUCAAACCCAAGGUCAAGGUCAAAUCCAUGCCCAUCAUAUCGAUGGACCUGUAGAUGUGGCUGAUGAGAAUGUCGAUCUCGUCAAUCAACAUCACAAUGGUCCCGCUUUCACCGAAGACGGAAGAAACCAGACCAAUUUAGCCUCAACUGUGGAUGACGAAUCUGCCCAAUACAGACACGAGGCUGACUCGGAAAGGCAAUCAUCCGAAAGACCCGGUUUCCCUUCUCGGGCUUCUAGAUCUUAUGUCAAGCCUAUCCCUAUCGUUACCACUUACGAGCCCGAGCUUCCUGAGGCUGCCGCCAUGAGACAACGAAAAUCUGUCGCUGGAUCCACCAAAGCCCCAAGUGUCAAAAGAGCUUCUUCAAAAGCUGGAUCCGUUCGAUCUAACAAGGCUCCUACCAUCAAUGGCGACCACCACACUAGACCUGCUUCCGUCAACGAGCAUCACGUUCGAUCUCCAUCUGCUAACGGAAACUAUCAAGAUCAACAACAUGUUCGAUCACCUUCAGUCGCCUCUGUCCGACGACUCCCUCAAGUGAACGAAAGGGAGAAUGGUUUCCACCCUGGUGAAAUUCUUACUCACCAAAGACAACACGAACUCCAAGGCGGUAAUCAAGGUGGCAAUCACAGAACCUCUCUUCAAGAUCAAGGGCCUAUCUCUAGAGACCGAUCUACCACUUUCGAAGAACCUGAGCAACAUCGAGUUGCUUCUCCUCGACCUCAAUCCGCUUUCGGUUACAGACCUCAACCCAACCUUAUGGCUAUCCACGAAGGUGAUCGACCUGACUCUAGACUUGACCGACAAGGUCAAGGACAGGGUGACACUCGAGCUGGUGCGUUGAGCAGAAACGGAACCACUUUGAGCCGAGCCGGUACUCUUGGAAGAAACGGUACCUUAUCUCGAGCUGCCAACGGCGGUACUAUUGGUGCCAGAAAGGGAGCUUUCGGAAGAGGUGCCGGUGCCUCCAUUGGUACCCAACCCGAAGAAGUCCUGGGUAGAGAUGAUAUCCAUCAACGAGCUGAACUUUCUGAGCGGAUCCUGGACGAUGCUACCCUUCGAAGACUCUCUACCAUGGAGAAAAGGGACGCCAAACGACUUACCAAAGUUAUCAAGGCCGAAGCCAAAUCCGAGAAAAGAGCCGUUGAAGGUUCCAUCAAGGAGCUCGAGAGACUCACUAAACUCCAACGAGAAGCAGCUUCCGCCGAAAGAAAAUCUCAACUUCGUCUUUCUAAAUGGACAAGGAACGAACACAAAGCUCGAUUGAGAUUCCUCAAAGAGAAAGAGAGGUAUGAAAAAGUGGAAGCGGACUUGAGAAACGCCGAAAAUGACUAUGAAGAAAGAAGAGAUCACGCUGCUGGUCUUACUUCUCAAGUAGCUGAGAAGACCUAUGAACUUGACGAUGCUAGAGCUCAGAAGGCUGCCGAUGACCGAGAAAGAGAAGUCAAACUUCUUGCUCUCAAGAACCCAGCUCACAGCUAG